AUGAGUGAUAGUUAUCUCGUUGCUUUGUUGGAUGAGAUAGCAAGUCAGUAUCCAGACGCUAUUGAAGUUUUCCAGCUUCUGAGUAGCAGCGUACGCAGCAUCUUGGCCCAUGAAGGCCCAAUGCAAGGCACAGACAUGGACCAGGUGGUGGCUGGUAUCCGGGCGGUUUUGGGAGAGGAUGACGGACAGGACGAGCUUCCCUCGUUGGACGAACCAUUGGGGAGAGCGUCAUGCGAGACGAAAGAGCUUUCCGGGGUCCAAAAUGAGUAUUCAUCUAUCCAGGGAUUGGAUGGCAGCAACCCAAUUCCGGAAGACUUCCUGCUCGCCUACGAUUUCAGCUCGCCUUGA